ACACAGCAACCAAUAAAGUGGCCCAGAGCCAGGCGGCUGGAAAGACCCUGGUGCCGGCCGCUCUGACUCUCCGCCUUCCUGUGGCUGCAGGCCCCGCGCCCGGAGCCGGCUGCGUCUGCUUUCAAGAGGCAUUGUUCACACCCUCCUCCCACCCCUAGAGCCUUCAGCCUUUCAGGGCCCCCAGAUGCUGCAGGGCGGUCGGUCCCCAUCCAUUCAAGCCAGAGGCCAACGCCAGUGGGGGCCGGCCUGCGACCUGCGCAGGCGCACAAGCGCGCUCCCCUCUCCGGUCCCAUGGAUUCCCGGUCCAGCUGCGUGGUGGCGACCGGUGAGAAAGCCAAGGCACCGAAGCUGAGUAACUUCCUCACCACACUGCCAAGUGGUGGGGCUGAGGUGAGAUGCAACGGCAGAAGCCUGGACCCAAACACUGAGGUCUCCAGCAACUCCUGGCUGUCGUCGGGCCGUGGCCUGAGCUUUGAUGGGGCCACUGGACGGUGUGGAUGCCAUAAAAAGGAGCCGCCAUCAUAGUGAGAGGGUUUCGGGCCCUUCCGGCAGCACUUGGUGAAUUCCAGCUGGGAAGCGGUGAAGGUGAGGAAAUGGGUGCUCAGAGAGGUUGAUGGUCAAACCUACGUGCCGUGAAGUGGCCAAGCCUAGAAUCCAAUCUCAGAACUCAAGAAAUCAAGACCCACUACCCCGUGAGCCAGGGGUGAGAAAGUGAGGCUCACUGAAAUGCCCCGGCCCGAUGUCCACGUCAUCGUGACUCUGCUGUGAGCUCAUCUCGACCGUCUCUGAGGCUCUCUCGUCGGUGCCUGAGACACAGACAGCUGAUGAGCUGCUUGGUCUUCUUGCUCACAGUGAGGCCACAGGGUUGAGGAGCAGAACAGAAACCUCCAUACCGGCUGGUGAGGAAGCAAAGCCGGGCCCAGCUUUGGGGCCGUCUGCCACCCAUUUGCCUUCUCCACGGAUCCCUGCUAUCCGCCUGUGGUUUCUGCCUUCCCUUUCUUUCUGGGGUCUUUCUCCAGGGCAGAGGUCCUUGCAGUCUCUUUAAGGGCUACUUCCCCCUCCGCCCUUGGACCACUGUUUCUUCCUGCACCAUCUAGGGUUAUUCAGUGUCCUCCACGAGUGUGUGUGUGUAGACUCCACUCAGCAUUAGAGCCUCUGAAUCUGGUUUGGGAGUAUGCACUGAAAGUGCCAGCCUAGAGCCGACAGGGCGCCCAUCGUGGGCGUGACCAGCUAAGAGGGGCAUCAAGACAAAGGCCUGAGCUAGUUCAGGUGUGGACGCUGGACCCACUGUACAGACACGCGACACGCUUUGAUGGGCUAAACGAUGCGCAAGAGGACACACCGCUCCCUGAGUCAGUGUAAGCAGCACACUGUCUGUGGGGACUCCGGUCCCUUGUCCCCACAAAGGCCCUGGCCUGAAGCGAGCUUUCCAGUUGCUCUGAGUUGACUGGAUACGUGAAUGGUUGUCCGUCGUUUCUGUUGUCCAUCGUUUCUGUCCUCCUGCGUUCUCCCACAAAAAGUCAACCUUGUCAACAAUGUGGCUCUGUCUCACGAGUCCUUACUCGAUGCCCGGCGUCGUUGGUGGGGGUAUAUGGAAUGACAGAGAGAGGAAAAGGGUGCCGUCCUACACUCCUGUCAUUUUGUCUCCAAGACAGGAACUCUCCAAACUGGGCCUGGGGAGUGACAUGGACGUAGAGCUGCAGACUCUUCAGCUGCCGGUGGAUUACAGGGAAGUGAAGCAGAGGGUCGCCAGAAUCUGGGAAGACCUUCAACCGCAAUUCGUUGUGCAUGUGGGCGUGGACCCCGCCGCCAAGGCCAUCUUUCUGGAGCAGUGCAGCAAGAACCGAGGCUACCGGGACGCCGACAUCCGGGGCUUCCGGCCCGAGUGUGGCGUGUGCCUUCCAGAUGGCCCAGAAGUGAUCGCGUCAGAGGUCAGCAUGAAGGCGGUCAGCAGGCGGGCAGCCGUGCAGGGCGUGGAGGUGGCCUUUUCCCGAGACGCGGGUAUGUCUGCGAUUACGCCUACUACCUGUCUUUGCAUCAUGGAAAUGGGUGUGCGGCCCUCAUCCAUGUCCCUCCGUUAUCUCCUCGGCUGCCCGCCAGCCUGCUGGGAAAAGCCCUGCAAGUCCUCAUCCAGGAAAUGCUGGAGGAGAUUGAGAAAGGCCGGGCUCAAAACCAGAAGCUCAGCCUUUGCAGUUCCAGCCGGGGAGAACCAACUGGGGGACUGCUCCAUUAGAGAAAAUGAAAUGUUUCACUCCUGUGUGUAGAGUUAAACUGUGCUUUGAGGGGCUUUAAAAAAAAUUGCUUAUAAAACAGUUUACACAAAGGAAAGAUGUUCUGAAUUCGCUCAACGAAAUCACAAAGGGUUAUUUUAUUGUCAGAAGAAAGAAGAACACUCUGAAAGGCAGACAUUUCAUAGGGGAUUAACUAGCUUCAGUUAUGGUUUUCCUGACAAUAAAAUGAAAUGCUCCUGCUGCU